UUUCAAACGUUGGUAUUCGUAUUAUCGUGUUUUCUCCCUUAUUUUGACUUUUGUUUUAGGAUUGUAAUUUUUCUAUUAUGUGCUAAAUAUUUAAUUUCGUUCCAAAUUUAGCUUAUUUUUGGUUAAAUUGUUAUUGAAAAAUGGUCAUUUUACAAUUGGAAGAACAGCCGCCUCUAGUACAAGCUAUAAUUGCUGGAGAAUUGGAAAACGUAAAGACCAUUUUAGAGAACAAGCACGAUGUCAAUUGCUUAGAUAUUGAAAAACGCAGUCCUUUACAUGCAGCAGCUUUUAUAGGUGAUCCUAAUAUCACAGAAUUGUUACUACAACAUGGAGCUAGAGUUAAUUGUAAAGAUAACAAAUGGUUGACUCCGUUACAUAGAGCCUGUUGUACAGGUUCAGGAGCAACUGUUUAUGUUUUACUACGAUAUCAGGCAGAUGUUACAGCCAGAGAUAGACAGUGGCAGACACCACUGCACAUUGCUGCUGCAAAUAAUGCUUACAAGUGUGUGGUGCAGUUGUUGGAGGUGGUGCCUAACAUAAAUGUGACUGACAGAUCAGGCAGGACUGCCUUGCAUCAUGCUGCUAUGAAUGGUCACAAUGACAUUGUAGACUUACUUAUCUCAAAAGGGUGCAUCAUUAAUGCCUGUGAUAAAAAAGACUGUAGGCCUAUACACUUAGCAGCUUAUAUGGGCCAUGUAGAUACUUUGGAGUUACUUAUAAGACAUGGUGCUGACAUUAAUGCUAAAGACCGAAACCAGUACACUGCCUUGCAUGUUGCAGCAGCUAGUGGAAUGUUUAAUGCCUGCCGUCUUCUGUUGAAUCAUGGGGCCUUCACUGAAUGUCGUAACGCGUAUGGGAAUACGCCCUUGCACAUCGCGUGCAUGAACGGACACCUUCAGGUCUGCCAGGAGCUUGUAGCAUUCAAUGCAGACCCAGAUGCUACCAAUUAUAAGGGACAGGCGCCUCUGCAUAUUGCAGCAGCAAGUACUCACGGCGUAGAAUGCCUCAAUUAUCUUUUGGAACUGAAGGUGAACAUUAACAGACAAAGUUUGGACGGCAGGACUCCUUUACACAUGACGGCGCUUCAUGGUCGUUUCACGAGGAGCAAGACGCUCAUUGACAAAGGAGCUGUUGUGGAUACUACAGACAAGAACGGAUGUACGGCCCUACAUAUAGCAGCUCAGUACGGUCACGAUCUCUUGGCGAAUACGCUUUUGUCCCAUGGUGCAGAUCCAAAUAAAAAAGGUAUUUGCAGAUACGAAGGAAUGACCCCGUUACACAUGUGUUGUCUUUCGGGGUUUGUGGAAUGCUGCAGGAAAUUCCUGCAAGCAGGAGUGGACAUAAAUGCACAGGAUGACACGGGGAAAACGGCGACGCAUUGCGCUGCCUAUAAAGGAUCUGUGGAGUGUCUCGAUUUAUUAGUAAGUAACGGAGCGAAAUUCCAGUUGGUAGACAAAAAGGGAAGAACACCCUUACAUUAUGCCGCGGUGCAGGGUCGUUACCCAUGCGUUUUUACUCUCGUGGGCCUAGGCAGUUCUGUUAAUCUUAAAGACGAGGAGGGCUGCUCUGCCUUACAUUUUGCAGCCGUCUAUAACCAAGAAGAAAAAUGCGUUAAAUACCUAAUAGAACACAAGGCUGAUCCCAAGAUGAAAGACAAUAACGGAUUUACCCCAAUACACUAUGCAGUCGCUGGAAAUAAUUACAAGGCCGUGGAAUAUUUGCUUUCUGCUGUUGGGAGUAAUUUCAUCAUGCACGGAGCAGACAUGCCCCUCACUACACCUCUUCAUUUAGCUGCUGUCAGCGGUAGCUUGGACAUUUUGAGCAUGCUCUUACCUUACUUCCACGACACAAAUGUGCGAACCGAGCACGGCAGCACUCCAUUGCUUAUCGCAGCCAGAGAGGGAUACACGCAUUGCGUUCAAAUGCUGUUGCGUUUCGGUUCGAAAGUCGCCAUCUGUGAUAACAUUUACAGCAUGAAUCCGGUGCACUAUAGCGCAAAAAACGGACACAUGCACUGUCUGGCUCUGUUGCUGGACAACACUGAGGAUAAGUCUGUUAUCAACAUGUCUGACAGUUUACAAAGGACCCCGUUAAUGUUGGCUGUGUUAGGGGGACAUACGGACUGCGCCCUGAACCUCUUGAAAUCCGGUGCAGAUCCUAAUAUAGUUGAUGGUGAUAAUAGGUCUUCUCUUUUUAGAGCUGUGGUUAAUAGUCAAAAUAACGCGGUUCAGCUGUUAAUUUCGAAAGGGGCUGACUUAAAACAAGUGGACGUUAACGGUAAAACAGUCUUCCAUUUAGCUGCGGCCUGUGGUAACCUACCCUGUCUUAAAACCGUCGUCUGCUACACAGAUCCCAACGUUUUAACCCUUUUAGACAAACAAGACUGUUCAGCAUUACACUGGGCUUGCUAUAAUGGUCAUGCAGAUUGUGUUGACUUCCUCCUUGGAAAAAAAAUAUUCGAAAAUAUGAAGGGCAACCCUUUCUCUCCUGUACAUUGUGCAGCUUUUUCUGGUUCUGAAAAGUGCAUUGAACUAUUGUGUAAUUGUUACGGGACAGAAUCGGUGUUAUUGAAGGACGCAAGGAACCGUACGCCUUUACACAUCGCGGCCCUACACGGCCACACCGAGUGUGCCAAGUACUUGUUGGAAAAGGGCGCUGAAAUUAAUUAUCAGGAUGCUGAAGGACGAACGCCGUUGAUUGCUGCCGCCCAAAAUGGACAGACUCAUGUUAUAGACGUUUUAAUAUCGUAUAAAGCGGACGUGACGCUGUAUGAUAAUAAUGGAAACACUGCGCUGCACUUGGCCUGCCUUAAAAAGCACAGUCACGCGGCGUUACUGCUCCUGGAACACAUAAAUGAUCAAGAUGUAAUCAAUAUGAUUAAUAACGACAGAAAAACAGCGUUACAUUUGUCUGCAAGGAACGGUCUCGUAGAGGUCACGAGGCAAUUGAUCGAUAAAGGUGCAUCCGUAUUGGUGGUGGACUCGAGCGGCAUGACGCCCGCCCUGUGCUGUGCCCCCAAUAGCAACGUUGCCCAGUGUUUGGCCGUCAUCUUAGCCAGUUACCCCAAGCAGCAGUUGCAACAGCAAAAAGUGACGAACCACAACUCGAUAGGAGAUAAAGCCAAUAUUUUCUCCGAACUUGCUACUGACCCCAGUCCUUCGGAAGAUAGUUACCUAAUUCGACACGUAAUCGAAAUAAAACGAUCAUCAAUUAAAACUCGCGACAACGCGUCCCAAACGAAAAUGUCCCUCCUCCAGAACCCCGACUACUUUCAUUGUCAAAUCCUUCGGGCAGAAGCGAGGGCGGAAACCCGGACUAACAGUGCUUCUUACGAUUUCAAAUGCUUCUACGGUAAUAGACGUCCAAGAACACGCAUCUCAGGGGUGAAAAAGGCGCCCCCCGAAAACGAAAAACAAAAAUCGCUUAAAAGAAAACUUCUCGAAGAGGAAUCAAUGAUUAGGAACACGAGGUAUGACAAUGUACCCUCAAUAUUCGACCAACGAGUUAAUGAUAACGAAGACCCCAACUGUUGCCAAACGACGAAUGUUAUAAAUCUUCACAGAUCUCGAUCGCACAUGUCCGUUAAUCGAGGUGUACGUAGUAGACAUCCGAAAAGGGCCCCCGAACGACCCCAAAGUACUGUCUCGUUGAAUAAACCCGAACACCUGAAACGUUUACUGACAGACUUGAACCUGGGCGAAAACAAACCUGACAGUUUUUAUGAAACACUAUCUGAAAAAUUGAGUCGUAGUGGCACAGCCAUUGACAAGUGCCUCAAACACGUUUUGUUAAAACACCUUGCUGACAGAUGGGCCCGUGACACGUCCGACAACUUUACCAGCAAAUACGUGAAUAGGAAAACGAGCGACGAAACUUUAGACAAAAUCAUGCAUCUUCGUUCCAAGAUAGCAGCUUUAAAAACAACAAACGAAAUGGUCGAAAAAUUUUCUAAUCAAAACGAAUUGAUGAACAAAAUUCACAAUAAGUUUGGAAUAAAAGCGAGUGAAUUAUCACUUAACACAGAAGAUUGUACUACCAAUAACGCUAAAGAAUUGGAAUUGUAUGUCAAUGAAGAACUGAAACAAGAAGAUGUUCGUAGUGAAGAAGAACUAAGCACUUUGGUAAUUAAAUACCAUCCUUUUGGGGAAGGACCGUCCAUGGAACAAAAAGUAGAAGAGGAACCAGAAUAUAAAUUGCUAGAAAUCUGUGAAAAAUCUAUAGAGCCGACCAAAACUGAUGAAAUUAAAUCUUGUUCAAGUCUUACCAGAAAUGACAACGACACUGUAAUAGUGCCUAGGAAAUUUCUUGAAAUGCUCAUCAAAUCUGACGAAUCUCAUAACGUUGUCAGCUUUCCAUUCAAACAGCAUAUUUCAGAGAUCACUAGCAACGAAUCUUUAGAAGACUUUUCAAAAUCUGUAUCGUCAAUAGACUUUCGAUUACCGUCUUCAUCCUACGACAGUUUGGAAGACGUAGUUUCGCAUGGUAACGCUUACCUCAAAGUCCUAGAAUCUUUUAGCAAUGACGAAAUUCUUCGCGUUGAUGAUGUGUACAAGAUGGAAGCGAACGAUGAUGCCACGAGGCCACGCAAAAAUAUCACCCCACGGUUGCCCUUUAAAGGCAAAAGACCGACAGACGUUUCUAAACUGGAAGCUCCUUCCGAAUCCCAUCAGGAAACUAUGUACAAGAACUCAAUCAAGAAUAGUUUAACGGACCUCCGGGAUACGGAUUGUCUUAAAUCUUUGGCCCAUUACGUCGAGUUGUUGGUGACUACCUGCAAUUCCAGACUGACAGCUUCUGAUCUUCCAGAAUCCAUGAAUUUGUUUUCUGGAGUCACGACAGCCAAAACUGACACAAAAACAAAACCAAUUACUCUAACACGAUCUACUUUUUCACCAGUUGAAAUAAAAUCCACAAGACUAUCUAACGAACAUUAUUUAAACUCUGAAAGGAUUGAAGAAAGCGGAAAUAAUAGUUCUGUAGUCGGAAGUUUCCUUUCUUUAAACACAAGCAGUCAGGUACUACAGAAAGAAAAUGCUGUUAAAGUUGUAUACGCAAAACAACGAAAGAAGAAGCAUUCUAACAAACACAAGUCUCCACAAAAAGAAAUCGGAUCGUCCUGGUUUGAAAAAACGAUUCAUAAUAGCGAUGUAAUAAAUUCGGCCUCGAUUAUUUCAAACCAUACAUUAACGAAUGAACUUGCAGAGAGCUAUCAAACCAUUCAAUCCUUUCAAAGUUGUCAGAAUAACGAACUCAACAAAGAAGACGAAGAUUUUAAAAGCGUGCAAGAGAGUAGCACAAACAGUAAUAUUGAAAGCAUCGUAGAAAAUGAAGAUAUAUGUUUUGAUUAUAAAGAAAGUAAGAAAACGAAUAUUGAAGUUAAUGAGAAAAUAACUGAAGAAAAAGAAGAAAAUGUCCAUCAAGAAGAGAAAACAGAAAUAGAACUAUCAUCUUGCAAGGCAAACUUAAUUCAUACAUCGACAGAAUCUUCGUUGAUUUGCAAUGACGUUCCUGAAGAUUCUAAUAAAGCUCAAAUGAAUUCAGACGAAAGCCCUAAAGUAACAUCUUUUGAAAAUAAAAUAAUUUUGUCCCUAUCUUCUGAUGAAUGUAUUGGAGGGAAAACGGUAUCAAAAAUCGAUUCGAAGCAUUUUAAAAAACGGUUCAGUCCCAAAUUGGACUCCAAAGCUUCUAGAAACAGAUCCCUGUGUAUUAGGGAACGAGCAAAAUUUUAUAGGGCCGAAAGAAUGGCAAACAAACUACAAAAAUUAAAGGCGAAAAAGCUUUUAGCAUCCAAGACAUACAAAGGAAAAGCAACUAAAAAAGAAUUAAGAAAACGUUGGCCCAAAAAUAGGGAAAUUCAAAAGGAAACUGGUCAUAAGAAAGAUGAAGAUAAUAAAAAUAAAUUGUUUAAGGAAUAUUUGUUAAGACAAGCCCAGGAUAUUGGACAAGAAGACUUGAAAGCUGCAAGUACCAGUAAAGCCGUUACUGAAAAAUAUGUUUUACUAAAAGAAAACACAGAAGCUGCUGUUGGUAAAAAGUUAAAGCAGAAAAGUAAUUGCGUAAUCAGUUAAAAUUUAAUUUUAUGCGAACGUUGAAAAGUUUCUUCGUUUUUCGGUUUUUAUUAAUGGACUUAUUAAACAAUUAAUUAGUUGUAUAUUAUUAAAUUUAAAAUAAACAUGACCGAAAUUUUUUGGUGAUAUAUAUUUACUUAUUUUGCGCGUUAGUGAACAACAUAAUUCCUCCUUUUCCCUCCUUUACUACCACCACCCCAUCCAUUUUUAUCAUUACCUCUAAAAAUUGAGAUUGUUUUUUUUUUGUUAAUUUUU